AUGUUCAAUAGAUUAUCUUCCAUACUUCAUCUGGCGGUUGAAGCUACUACUACUCACGGUGAUUCUGUUGUGUCCUUAUGCCAGCUCAAUCCUACCGUACCACUUCAGGAGGAGUUUAUCCGUCACUGGAAGAUCAUCACAAACUAUUUUAUAGAAUGCACAGACGAGAAUAAGCCUGUAUCAGAAACGAAAAUACCAGAACACCUACAACAGAUGUUAACUGUUCUAAUAAAAGAAGAAAAAGAAGGUGUUGGCGAUGAAACGGGUCCAUGCAUGGAAUAUACUCUUCGCCAUAAAAUCUUGAAAGCAAUGGUAACUUUAGCCAUAGCUAAUAAAAUUUUAUGUAUGAUCGCCAAUACUGAGCUUGCUUUCUCAGAGAAUGAAGAAGUGGAAUUUGUAUGGGCUAUUUGCCAGCAAGUGCGCAAUGAUCCUUCCCUAGUUGAUUUAUUUAUACAGCCUCCUCGAAAAGGUGGUGCGUCUACUGCAGACAAUCCAAACAAUAACCAAGACGAAUUAUUAAUGGAUUCAAAUACGAAUGGGAGGCAUAGUUUGGUCGAAGCAUUAGUUAAACUUAGUAAAAGCGAGGACACGUUCGUUUUCGAAAGGGCUAGUGAAGGAUUAAUGCUCUGCACUUCACUACAAUCGGAACAAUCAGCUAUUUAUGUAGUAUUGUAUACGCGAUUCUGUGAUGUCGUGGCGGAAAAUCUGGUUAAACAAUAUAAAUUGAUACCUAGAAGAAUAGCCCCAGAUGAUGUACUAAACUGUCCUGCUAAAUGGGGUGGUAAAACUGUUAAAGAAGAAUUAAUUGGGGAAAACUUUCCAGGAAAACAGCAAUUAUUGUCUUUCUUGUCAUACUUGUAUUUUCUAGACAAACUAUGUGCACAAGCACAUCAGCUAGUUGCACGGGCGGUUGGUAAAUCUAUUCGAGAACAAUUCCUAAUUGCUAUCCUUGAACCAAGAUUGCUAGAACCAGCUGAAGAGGGCACUUUAACCAGUAUUGCUCAUUUAACUCGUUGUUUGAUUUUGAUACAAUCAGAAUAUCUUAUACACGAGUUUGCAGUAUUUAUUUUGGGCGAUAAUUUGGAACCGGAGAGAAGGCUGGGCCCAUCAGAAAAUCAAUUAAGACACAAGAUGAUUCAUCGAUGUGACCACUUAAAUGAAAAAAUUAGUGCGGCGUCCAUGAAGCUUUUCGAAGUAUUACUGCAAAAACCGGAUCAAUAUAUUUUAGAUAACCUUAUAAUCCGCAAUGUCAUUAAACGUAGUUACUAUGACUUAUCGAGCAAUGUCCACAGCUUCGCCAAGAUAGCAUUAAUAAAUAACUCAUUAGAGGGCAACAACGGACAGGACGAAGAAUAUACCCAGAAAGUCGUCAAUUGCUUCUUAUCCUUAAUGCCUGAUUUAACCAAGUCUUCCGAUGGAAGUCAAGACGAAUAUGAAACAUAUUUGAAAGAUGCUUACCGACAGCAUACUAGUCGAACCAUUCAAUCCAUUACGUGGAGCUGGCCCCAUGAGAUUAUUUCUAGCAUCAACCUGAAUGAGAGUGAUGAAUUUUAUGAAGGGGAAUUUUUAAAUGUUUUAUUUAAUAAAUUGCAAAGAAUAUUAGAUCAACCUUAUGAAGUGAAUUUACAAGUCACCUCUGUAAUCUCAGUAAUUGUUCAGUUUCACCACCCCUACUUACAUGAAUAUAUGUUGGAUCCAUUACUUCCAUUAAAAGAUGGUAGCCGAUCACUGUACACUGUGCUGCAGCAGAUUGUGAACGAAUUACAAAAACGUAUUGCUAGAAUACCUGAGUUUAAGAAAAUGGUUCAUAUUUCAAGGCAGUCAUUACUAGGAAGUGAAUUACCAAACACCAAUAGCCCCGUAAACAAAGAUUUAUUGGAAGGUACGAUCGUAUUAGAAGAAUUCUGUAAGGAGAUAGCCGCAAUAACCUACGUCAAGUCCAAGUCUCCUCUCAGGAAGUCGCAUAUCGAUUCAUGA